AUGAGCAGUUUUGUUCGUGGAGGCAUUGUUGGGGAUAAGGCGCUUAUUGAGACUGGGGAUGAGUCUAAUGACAUUGUCUUGACAGAAGAAAAUAGAGCCGACAAGAAGAGGAGCAAGGCGACGAAGGAGAAGAAGAAGGGCGAAAAGAAGAGAGAAAAGAUGAAAGAGAAGGAGACAAGAGACAAGAAAGUAAUUGAUGCUAAAGAGCUGCCAAAAGAAAAGAAGAAGGAAGGCGUGGAAAGUAAACGCCAGAAGGACAGCCAAGACAAGGCAAACCAAUUUUCAGAAGCACGGUCUGAUGUGAAAAAGGCAAAGAAAAUGAAGCUGAAAUAUUACAACAUUGAAACUGAAGGAGAAAAGUCAAAGAAGAAACGGAAACGCGACGCUGCUUGA